AUGAAGUCAAGACUCUCCCAUUUGGUGUCAAGAUUAGCUCAUCAGGGGCGUCAGUUGAAGGCAAUGAAGUGUUCAAUUGAAUCGAUUCAGAGCUCAAUGGCUUCUACGGGUUCAAUGUUGGAUAAUCUGAUUGCGGUUUUUUCCGAAAGGGGUAUUACAUCGACAACUCCGACAAGAGAUAACAAGAUCCUGAAAUUUUUGAGUAUUCGGUUCCUCCAACCCCGACGAGAGACGGGUUCGGUCAGGGAGUAUCAAGAAACAUUCGAAGAACUUCAUUCCAGUAUGCUCCGAGAACAGAAUCUUGAAGUCACCAACCAGCAAAAAUCCUCCCCAAAUGAGGAAAGAGGUAAAAUUGUUUCCCAUCACAAUUUAGACGGAUUGAAGUCUAUUAAUAAUGUAUUGGCUUGCGUUAAGACAGGUAAUCAUGAUAGAUUUUCCAAGAAGGUUAAUGAUGAUAUUGAGAAAAUGUUUGUUGAUUGGAUUGUGUAUACUCAAGAAGAUGACAUUUCUUUAAAGGAUUUGAGUAAUGAAUUUGAGCUAGAUGGCUGCAAUAAUGUGGGGGUCGAUGGUUGCCAUGAUAAAGUAGCAUAUGUUUCAUUUCUUGUUGAUAAAUGUCUGCAUAUUCCUGGAGAAUUUAUGCAUUAUAAUGAUGAUAAGGUCUGGUUUGACGUUUUUAGUGGAAAUUAUUCUUGUUCUGUUAAUCCUACUAUUAGAGGAUUAGAUUGUAUCUGGUUUGGUGUUGUUUUGUCUGUAAUUAGCCAUCUAGCAGGCAGAUUUAAUAAAGAUGCUGAAGGCCACAAGCCAUGGUCAAAAUUGGCUACUGGAUUCCUAGGUGGUACUACUGCUUAUGGCAAGAUUCCUGGAGGUGUUAUAUUUGGUCAUUACUUGAGUCAAAGUGACCAAUCAAAUGAAAACUAUGAUGAGCUUGGAAUCAAUUGA